AUGAGUCAGCUCUUUCUAUCGAACUUGACACUCUCGGACUUCGAUGGCAAGUUCCAGCUUUAUCUCAGUGAUCGUGCGUUACGCUUCACUGACAGUGGCGAGCAGAACAUGAAGAUCAUCCCUCGCGACAGCGUGGCAGCUGUCACAGUCCGAGAUACGGAUAUUUCCUUCUCUACUGCCGACAUUCCGAAAGCUAUUGGCUGCGCAUUGAUUAGUGCAGCGGUUUCAGGCUGGCUUGCUCGCCGAUCUAUGUACGGUCUCGUUCAUGCCAAAGGAGCGCUGGACGGCUGCUCGGUAGUUGGAGCACUCGGAGGAGGGUGGGCUGGGAUGAGAAUGGGAUGCUGGCUAUUCCGCAACACGCACAUCCAAGAUGGAUCCUUUGUCGAGGUGCACACACCAGCAGGAGCGCAGAGCUUUAAUUGUAGCGAUGCACAAGCAAGAGCGUUUACCCGGCUUUUCACAUAG